CGAUACAGUGCUUUUAGGUAACCAACUCUUCUAGUCGUCGUCUUCUUCUUUUUUCCCCUUGUUUCGGUAGUGUACUGCGUUUGACUCUGUCUGCUGCAGCCGUUUGUCGAAUAACGGCAAAUCCGAUUCCUUUUUUCCUUUCUCUCUCUUACUUACCUUUCCACCGGUGAGCUACCGGAAUUCCUACUUUACCCUCGCUGUCUUCUCUCUUCUCUGACUCUCUCUCUCUUUCAAAUCCAUUCCCACCAAUUGGUGCUGCACUCUGCUCUUUCCCCCAUCCCUCUUCCCCAAUCAAUCCUGCCUCUAAUCCUCAGCCCCAUGUCGCCGUUCCGUGACCAACCCGCCGCCUCCUGCAACGGAGUGUUUCACGGCGACGGCGGCGAGGACAAGCGGUUUUGUCUUGAUCCACAGUGCUCGCAUUCCGCGAGAUGCGAUCAUGCUUCUUCUGGCUCUGACUCUGCCUCCGCUUCAUCUUCUCUGUUCGCUAAGUUCGAUUUAGCUGAUUUGAACGAUUCGGAGAAGCUCCGGAGAGUAAUUAUUGCUUCCGUAAAAGGCUUCUCUAUCGGCGCCGGAUUGAAAGGCGGCCUCGCUCUCUUCUCCAUUCUCGCUCGCCUCCGCCGCACCAGGAAGCCUCAGGAGUUCACCAACAGUGAAGCCAUAGCUCUAGCAGUCAAGGAGACGCUGAGAUACGGAUUGUUCCUCGGAACUUUCGCCGGCACGUUUGCGUCCGUCGACGAGAUUAUAGCCACUCUGGGAGGUCACCGGAGGCAAGUGACUGGGAAAUGGAGAGCUCUUGUAGCAGGAUUGGUUGCAGGGCCUUCCAUGCUACUUACGGGGCCCAACACUCAGCAUACCAGCUUGGCGAUUUACAUAUUGAUGCGCGCUGCUGUGUUGGCUUCCCGCUGUGGGAUCAAGAGCAAGCGGUUUGGCAAAAUCUGCAAGCCUCUUACUUGGAAGCACGGAGACAUAUUUCUAAUGUGUCUCUCUUCUUCGCAAAUCUUGUCGGCUUACAUAUUGAAGCAAGAAAGUCUGCCUCGUUCGUACAAGUCCUUUCUGAACAAGCAUGGCGGAAAGGACGUUGCUAUUUUGCAAGGAGUUAAAGCUAUUGCGAGUGGCUUGCCUUUCUCAAAUUUGGAUGCCAUAGAGAGACACUACAGCUCCAAAGGUGUCGAUAUCAAGUUGGAUCCCCAAAUGAAAAUCCCAUGCUCGAUCAUACAUGGGAAUCAGUCCUGUACUGCUCAUGUAGCUUCUUUUUUUAUUGAAGCCUACAAACGAGCAUUACCAGUUUAUCUUCCUGUUUAUUUGAUUCCUGCAUUGAUAGUUCACCGCCAAGAUCUCUUAAAAAGGCCUUCCAGUAUACUGGGGAAGGGUCUUUUCGGAACUGCGAGAUCAAGCUUGUUUCUGUCUGCAUAUUGCUCAUCUGCCUGGAUGUGGACGUGCAUCCUCUUCAGAAUCUUCAGGAGAUGCAACGUUCCAAUGGUGGCAAUGGGAACGUUCCCGACGGGGCUGGCAUUGGGGAUCGAGAAGAAGAGCAGGCGGAUCGAGAUAUCGCUCUACUGCCUGGCUCGGGCAAUAGAGAGCUUCUUCACGUGCAUGGCGGACGUAGGGUACCUCCCGCAGUUCACCAAGCUGAAGAGAGCAGACGUGGUGGUGUUCAGCGUGUCGACGGCGGUAAUCAUGCAUUGCUACGCGCAGGAGAGGGAAGUUUUCAGGUCCAAGUACCUCAAUGUGCUUGACUGGGUGUUUGGCGUUCCCCCUCCUCCGGCGGAAAGCCCUCGAUACUGCAAACGAAAAUGAAAGUAAACCUCCUUUCGGUUUGAGGGGUUUCAAUAUUCUUUUCAGAAAUAGGAACACCCAUGUACAACAUUGUAGACUUUUUUUUAUAUGUCUCUCCAAAGUAGUGUAUACCCGUAGAAGAAAUCUAUGUACUGGGGCUGAAUCCUUUUCUUCACAGGCAAUAGGGUGGGACAACGAUUGGCAUAGACCGAUACGAACCUGAGACUUUCGGGUCGGAAUCAGCUGCUUUAUUAUUCAGUAAAGAUACUUGGCUAGUUCGAAAAAGUUAAUUGUGUUCAUAGACACUUUUGUGAGCGCGCACUCACGUGAGUUUAAAGUCGUUGGAUUCGGUGUAG